AUGAACAGGGUCAAUUUCCGCACAAUCGACAGCAUCACCCACUUGUGGGAGACUCUCAACCUCCCCAAGGAAGCUCUCAAAUCCAUCAAUAUCUCGGACGCCGAUACUAUAUGUCUCCCCUCGUCGUUCAAAAUCGGUCAUCUAGCACAAACUUCAAUCACUCUGACAGCUUUACUCGCAGCUCUGAUCCACUCCGAGCGCGAAACCCUCAAGUUCAUCCCGCAGGUCACGGUACCUGUCCGCCGUGCCUGUUUGGAGUUCAAGUCCGAGCGGCUCCUCACCAUCAACGGGAAGCCCAUGCCCUCAACAUGGGGGCCGAUAGGCGGUCUGCACAGGACUUUGGACGGAUACGUACGCGUUCAUGACUCUUUCCCGAACCACCGCGCCGCAACGAAGAAGCUGCUUGGCCUCGCUGAAGACGCGGAUCGGGAAGCCGUGAGCCGCGCGAUUGCGACCUGGAAAUCAGUCGAUCUUGAAGAUGCAGCUGUCGGUGCAGGUGCGGUGGUGGCCGCAUUGAGGAGCUUCGAGCAGUGGGACGAGUUGCCUCACGCGAAAGCCGUGGCAGACUUUCCAAUCCAAAUCACCAAGAUCGCCGAUUCACCGGCUGGGAUCCCUGACCACCUUACCGCCGCUGGUGGCAGGAAGAGGUGUCUCCACGGGCUGCAGGUUCUGGAACUCAGUCGCGUCAUCGCUGCACCGGUGGCCGGGAGGACGUUGGCCGCCCACGGCGCGGAUGUGCUCUGGAUCACAAGCCCAGAUCUGCCGGACCUACCCAGCAUUGACCGGGACACGGGAAGAGGUAAGAGGACCGCACAACUGGACCUAAAUCAAACAACGGAUCGGGAGAAGAUGUUAGAGCUCAUCGACGACGCGGAUGUCUUCCUUCAGGGGUAUCGUCCGGACAGUCUGGCAGCGAGGGGUCUCUCGCCUGCGCAACUCGCUGCGAGACGAGAGCAGGACGGAAAGAAGGGCAUCAUCUGCGCGAACCUCUCUGCGUAUGGUCCCACCGGCCCGUGGAGCCAACGGCGAGGCUUCGACUCGCUCGUGCAGACAUGCUCGGGAAUGAACGUCUCUGAAGCCGAGCACUUCGGCCAGACCGAUCCUCCUGCCAAGCCUAUGCCUUGUCAAGCACUUGACCAUGCGAGCGGCUAUUUCCUCGCAGCCGGAAUUUUGGCUGCUCUGUAUCGGCAGAUUAGGGAAGGUGGGUCGUGGCAAGUCGACGUCAGUCUAGUCGGAACGAUGAAAUACCUUAGGAGCUUAGGCCAGUAUGAAGGCUUGUCGGGGUUUCAGUGGGAUGCUGACUCAAUGGAGGGCGUGCCUGAGGUGUAUCUCGAGUCCAGACUGUCUGACUUUGGGACACUCAAGGCUGUCAGACAUGCCGCCGCUAUCGAGGGCAUUAACGUGGGGUGGGAUAUCAUGCCCAGGCCAUUAGGGUCAGACGACCCCAGCUGGCUCUGA